AUGUCAGAUUCCGACAUGUCAGGCUCUGGAUCAAGUUCCCCAGUUGACCCUUCCCUGAUUGACCCAGAUGGCAGAGUCAUUGCCAUCAUUGGAUGCGGGACAAUCGGCCGCGCAAUACUCGCAGGUCUCUUACGAAUAGCCCGCAAUGCCCCGGACGACUCUCCCGAAAGCCACCUCCAUUUCUACGUUGUCACAAGGACGAAAGAAUCCGCAGACCGACUUGAACAGACGUUCGACCGACCGGAAGCCCGAAACAUGAUCAUAUUUCUAAGCGAGGAAGAGAUGAGAUCGUCGUUGUUUACCAGGGCCCGGGUAGUGAUCCUCGCGUGCCCACCUUCCAAGGCAGAAACGGUCUUGCAGAAGUACGACUUGGAGUCCACAGUCCCUCUCACAACGGUUGUUAGUCUUCUGCAUGGAGUCUCGGUGCAGGAUAUCCAACGUUAUAUCCUGAAGGGUCGGGGCUGGCAUCUGCAUAUGCCAGAGGUAAUCAGGGCGAGGCCGAACAUUGCGGCUAAGGUGGGCAAGUGCAUGACCGUCAUCGAGAGCCAUCCAAACGACAGGGGCGGAAAUGAGGAACGCCUGGAUCGGAACGACCAGGUAAUAUGGCUCUUCGAAUUGAUAGGGGAGGUCGAGAUAGUGCCUCCGGACGAGUUUGACGCAGCGGCAAUGCUGGCCAGCGGUUCGAUGGGAUUGGCGGCGACGGCAUUUCAAGGGAUUAUUGAUGGAUGUGUGGCUGAAGGACUUGGAAGAAAUGAGGCGCUCCAGAUCGGAAAACAGAUGCUGAAGGGAAUGGUUCACUUGCUCGAUCGUGGAAUGAGCCCUGUUCUGCUGAAUGAAAAUGUCUCGACGCCGGGGAUAUGGGCGGAUAGGGAUAGGUGGGCGCUCGAGAAAAAAGGGGUCGGCUCCGCUAUCCUCAGCGCCCUCCUAGACGCAACGUCUCCCCAAGCUGUUAGUCGCUCGGGAGGAGGCCCAGCAAGGAUCACCCGUUUCGUCGUCAGCUUCAAAACUUUUGCCUCCGCAGAGAGACUUCGAGCCCAGCACGAAGUGGACAAAAACAGAGUUACGGUCUUUGCGGAAGAGCAAAUCUACUGCAUGCAGCAAGCAGACAUUGUUCUUUUCGCUUGUCACGAAGACGAUUUGGAUGACCUCGAUGAUAAAUACCAGGAAGUGGUGGACGCUUUGAAGGGGAAGUUGGUGAUUAGUAUUGUGAAUGGAGGCCUACCAACAGACAUCCCCGCCGCUUAUCGUAGUAAGGGGAAUGGAUGGCCAACGUUCGUGGAGGCAAGACCGAACGAUGCCGUGUUAGUGCGAAAGUCUACGACUAUUAUCAAGGAUAAUAGCGCGUGCGAGGGACGUGGCGGCAUGGUGACAUGGAUCUUUGAGCAGGUCGGCAAAGUCAGCUACAUGUCGUAUCUUGAGUUUGACACCGUGACCACGACAGUCAGAUCCUCGAUGGCUAUGUUCACGCUUCCCCUUGAUGGGAUCCUGGACGCGUGCGUGGCUAGGGGCAUGAGCAGGAACGAGAUGAAGGAGAUGUUCGCGCAGGUGCUGGAGGGACUGGGGGGACUUUUGAGACAUGGAGUUCACCCAGGAGGGCUGAGAGAUGUUAUUUCCGACAACUCAAGGCCUACUGCUCGCGGAAUGCUGCAAUUGGAGAAGAGUGGUAUCAGGGCACUGUUUGCCGAGGCAAUGUUGACGGUGGGAGAGGGAAUGUUGAAGGUGGGAGAGCCGAUCGAUGACGAAUGA